CUGCAUGCUCUCCGUCUCCGUUCUCCGAGACCCGGGAGGACGAAUGCAAAUGACGCGAUCUGAGGGAUUCUUGAUGAACCACUCGGAGCCGGCGGUGGUGACGAGGAAUCAAUGGGAGGUGGAGUUCUCGCGCUUCUUCAAUUUACCACGGUGGGCCUCCGGCGCUCCGGCUGGCCUCCGGGCUCUCCCCAAGGGCAAGAUCCGAUCCACGGGCACAUGGAUCACCUCCUCCUCCCCGGCCCUUCUCAUCCUGCACAAGCCGACCGGCGCCUCUGCCUUCGUCCUCUCCGUCAACGUCCAGGAAUACGCUCUUGAGGAACACUUUGUUUCCAGUCUCCUCUUCUCAUGGCCGCAAGUUUCAUGUGUUUCUCAAUGCCCAGUCAGGGGGAGCAGGGUGGUCUUCAUGAGUUACAUGGAUGUCUCCAGCCAGAUUCAGAAGUUUGCUGUGCGAUUCCCAACUUGUUCUGAUGUUGAAGCAUUCCUUGCUUUUGUGAAGGAAUGUUCAAGGGGAAUGCCGGAGAGUGACUUUGCACGUGAAACUUCAUCUCAAUCUGAAAUAAUUUCCUCUAAUGGACUUCAGUAUAGUUCUGGAGAACCUACAACAGCGUGUGGUUUGGAAGUACCAGCUUUAAGUUACAGCAGGGAGCAACCAGAGUUGCUGCAUUCUAGCUGCACUCAUUCCAUUUGCCCUGGCUUUCCACCUAGCUUUACAGAGCUUCUAACCAACUGUUCGAAUGGUACCCAAAAAGAGCAAACAAAUCCCAUAGCUGAGCCUGAUGUUCCCUCUCCUGAUGAGGAACACCCGGUGGAUCCUCUCUUACAAGAUGCUUCCAAGCAAGUGGACUCAAUGUCAGGAGCUGAUAUUAAGAGAAAAAUUGUGGAAUACAUGUCAGAUGCUACUUUUCAUGAGAUGCUAUUCAAACUGGAGAAGGUCAUUGAUGAGUUGGGCGGCGAUUUAGCACUAUAGGUGGCUGGCUUGCUCUUUUCGUGGUGACUCUCAUCCUGUGUUUUUGAUUAGUCUUAACAACAGAAAGGUCAACUUAGGGUAAUCUCUCUCUCUCUCUCUUUGCUAAUAGGUAUGUUCUGUGAAGCCGUUGAAUAGAAUUUAGAAGUUUGGUGUACCAAGUCUUGUUUUGGCAUUGGAGCAACCUGAUUUUAUAGCACAAUCUGGACUUCGUUUCUUUUCUCUUCUCGAAUUUGUUUCGCGUUAAUUCCAUAUCAGCAGAAUCUGUAACCUAAUUUGACUGAAUGGGACGUAUUUCGAUCACGGGACGACGAAAUGCUUGUGGUAAC